ACUCACCCCUUACUUCUCAAGCUAUUCUUCUUCUUACACGUCCAUUCACAAAACACAUCGAAUCAGCUUAAAAUGGCUAUGAAGAAAAAAGAUAACGGCGCAAAUGUCAAGUCUAACGGAGUUAAGAACAAAGAGGUUCACUACAGAGGAGUAAGGAAGAGGCCAUGGGGUCGUUACGCAGCUGAAAUUCGUGAUCCCGGCAAGAAGAGCAGAGUUUGGUUAGGCACUUUCGACACGGCGGAGGAGGCGGCUAAAGCUUACGACGCCACCGCCAGAGAAUUCCGGGGAGUCAAAGCCAAGACAAACUUCCCCUUGCCGUCGGAGAAUCAGUGCCCCAGUGACAGCAGCAGCCCAGUUGAGUCCUCUAGUGGAGAAACCGGUGUUCACGCGCCGUCGGAGUUAGACCUCACGCGCCGCCUUGGAAACGUUGAGGGAGGGUGUAACAAUGGUGGGUUGGUGAGAAAUGGGUUUCCGAUUUUUCAUCACCAGCCGUUCAUGGCAGCUCCGCCGAGCAACAUAAGUAGCCCUACAGAGUCUUCUAGUGGGGAAACUAUUGCUCACGCGCCGCUUGAGGUCAAUCUCAUGCGCCGUCUCGACGGGGGCAACAAAAGUGGCCGUUCAGCUGAAGUUGGGAUUCUAAGAAAUGGGUUUCCGAUUUUCCAUGCAGAGUCCUCAGGAACAGGUGUUAACGCGCCGCUUGGGCUCGACCUCACGCGCCGCCUUGGAAAAGUCGGUGAGUUAAACGACCAUGUAAGGAAUGGGUUCCCGAUUUUUCAUUGGAAACCGGCCAUGGCGGUUCUGCCUAAUGGACAACCGAUUUUGUUGCUUGAUGGUAAUUUAGGGCGAACCGGAUUAGUGAACCGGCCACAACCAUACCGUUUUGAACCGGCGGCGGCAUCUCAGUUCAACGGAGUUACUGGUACUGUAGUUCAUAGUGAAUCUGAUUCAUCGUCAGUAGUAGGCUUAGGUAGAAGACAAUUAAAUCUUGAUCUUAACCUUGCUCCACCAAUGGAAGCUUAACGUUGACUAGUAAUUUUUGUAAAUAGGUUUCCUUUAAAUGAAAUGUUUCUCUUUUUGAUAA